AUGUCAGUCCGUUCCACCCCCGGACCAUCCCCUUACCCGACCUUGCCCACCUACAAUACCCCCGACGCAUCUUCCUCCAGACGUUCAAUCCGGACACCUUCCUAUGUCCCUCCACCCUCCAUUCCCAGCACUUUCCGUCAGCCCUCCAUCGCUCCUUCUGCUGCAGACACAUCCACUCCCACCAUCUUGGGAGUCGGAAGGAGGAAACGUAUCAAUGCCGAUGGGCAGGGAAGUGGGACUUUGACACCUACUUCGAAAGAUGAUUGGGCGAACAUGGAGCCUGACGAGGUGUUUAGGAGGUUACCUGUGAACGAGGUGAGAAGGGUGGAAAGUAAAAUGAGGAGUGAUGCGUUGAAUAAGCAAUCAGAGCUGAGGUUGAUGGUAGGUACGCGAUAUCGUGAUCUCCUCACUUCGGCAACGCAAAUAGAAUCCCUCCACGCAUCUUCGCUCAGACUCUCAGAUUCGUUAAGAGAAGUAACCAGAUCAUGUAGUAAUCCAGAUGUAAACAUCACUCUGGACGGUGAUAAUUCGGAAGAUGGGAAUGCCAAUUCAACCGAGGAAGAUGAUUUGAUUAAUAUGCUGCCUACUGCUGCUCAUAUGAAAUUGCUGUUGGAUGCUCCGGAGGCUCUCUACUCGUAUCUGGCUCAUCAUAAUUAUCUAAAUGCUGCCUUCUUAUGGUUAAUUACUAGGGUAGUCAAAGAGAGCUUGAACACUAUGCCAGAAGAACAGAACGGGGCAUACCUCCCCCUUCUACAAAAACAAUGGGAAACCCUCCUUCCCUUCCGAACACAAAUUGUCCAGAGGGCCACAGCGUCUCUACGGACCAGAGAGAAACUCGACUCAAAAUCCUUGUCCGAAACUAUCCUAGCUAUCAUCUUAUUGGACAACCUCCCUGUCUCAGACGCCCUAGACUUGUUACUUUCUCAGCGCACCAAAGCCCUCAGAGAUACCUUACAACAUGUCGAGGUGAACGCGAAUUCUGCAAAAUCGCCAGAGAAAGAGAAAGGAAAUCGUAAAAGGUCUAAUUCAAGGAUACAAGCUGCCGCUAUCACCCGAUCAAUCAUACAAGAACGUUCGACGAUAUCAAGUAUCAUAACUGAUUCAGUAACCUUGAUGCUGGAGACUGUAUCAUCUGUCAAGACGGUGUUCGAAAAGAAUAUAUCACUAGGGCAGAAUGAAAGUCUCAUCGAGGAGAUGAUGAAAUUGAUCCAAGUGGGAGAUAUCACUGCGAGCACGAAUUCUAUAACGACAUCUGGUCCACCGCCGGUCAGAUCCAGACAGAAUUCACAUCAACGACGAGCCUCGAGAUUAGCUAGUAUCUCCCUACCUCUAAAAUACACGCCUUCGCUCAACACUCCUCCUUCUUCGAAUGGAGUACCGAAUAGACCGCCUAUAACUUCCUCGGAGAUCAUCCAGAAUUUACCAUCCAGUCAGAUACUCCUAAGGUACUUGCCAAAUAACAUCAUAGGUUUCACACCAUUUAUCACACCUUCGACAUCACCCACCCUUUCUGAUAUCCUGAACACAUGGCAGCAAGGAUCGAUCAACUUGUUGAAGGGGUCUAUACCUGAUUGGUUGAAAGAUUUAAAGAACGUCAAGGAUAUUUGGGCAGUAAGGAAUUCUCUGAAUAGUUUAUUGCAGAAAGGAGAAUUCGAGGAAGCUAUCGGAUUAGCACUUGAGGAUGAAUGGGGUAAGAGAGUGAAAGAGGUCUGGAGUGAAAAAUUGGGUUUGUUAGUGGAUAAUGCAGAGAAAGAAAUACGAGAAGCUGGAGAGAAAGUGAGGAAUGGUUCUGAAAAAAUAGAAGUAUCACCUGAAUCGAUCCUUUUCUCAGAUAUCUCGUUCCCCACAGGCCCUACAGCCAGUGCAGCAUUCUCAGCCACAUCGCAUAAUAUGGCAUUCACCAAUUUCCGCUCUACUCUCCGCAAGCGAUCUUCAUACAGGACACCCGUCCUGGAUAGCGUCUUGAACACCUUGGAGGAGACGGCUCAGAAUAUCAAAGAGGAUAUGUCUGAUCUGCCUGAGUCGUUAUAUGAUAUUUACUCAGAACAGAUAAAUGACACUCUGGAUGGUUUGAUCAAAGUAUUGGAUACGGUAUUGGAAAGUAUGGGAUCGGCAAGAGGAGAUGGCAGGAUUGGGAUCGAAGCUCAAAUCUUCAUUGGGAGGGUCGCGCUGUACCUUGGUAAUGGGAAGGAAAGUGGGUUUUUGGAUGAUAUAGCUGGAUAUGGAAAAAUUAAUCGAGACAACGUUGAAAAGUCUUUGUUGGCUGUUUUCGAGAAAUCUACGACAAAAUGGAAAGAACGAUCGGUCCAAGAAGCACUCGUCUCGCUUGCUCCGCUCUUCGACCCCUAUCGAGGAUCUCAGGAGAUCAAGUCUUCUUGGCAAGGGGAUUUACCUUCAUCGCCUUCUCAUCCCAUCAUGGUAUCUCUUCAAUCAUUGGUCAAGGCCACUACUUCACUCGGUAUACCACCUUCGCUCAACUCGAGUUUGACAGUUGUAGAAGAAUUAGUUAAAGGGUUUGUAGACAGUGCGAAAAAAUUGGAAGGAUGGAAGACCCAAGAGAUAUCUAUGGAGGGUAGGAUACAGUUAUUGGUGGAUAUAGGGUUCUUAAUCAAUAUAAGUGGAGAGAAAGUGGGUGAAGAUCAAUUGAUCAUAAGGAUAUUGAAAGAGACUUCUCCUUCGUUCACUCUUGGUGAACUUCAACAAAUCAUAGAUCAUUCUCUAAGAAAAUCGCAACUUCUCUUGUAUCCUCUCCUCUCCCAUCUACCUCCCCCACCACCACCAGCAAGUGACAAAGGACAUUCACAUGAUACCCGCAGGAACGCUGCGUUGUUACGGUUCGGGGCACCUACUAUCACCACCAGCACUGGAACUGGAACCGAGUUCAGAAGUCCAGUGGUGGCUGCUAAACCCGGGAAAAGGAUGGGAUUGUUAAGUAUUGCUGCGUAA